ACAUGAUCUAAAAUCUCCCUCAGGGGAGAGACGGGAAUGUGGAAAGGAGCGACAACAUCGAUGGUUGAUCGAAGCCACAGACUCCUCAUAAUGCGUUCAUUUUACACUUUAUUAAUCUGUGUGAUAUCCAUCCUCAGCUCGAAUGGGCUUCCUUGGACGCAAGAAAAGCUCCAACACAGAGCUGUCACACUAACACAAGAUGAGAUCCGUGCCGCCCUGUCUCACACUGAUCUGGAGCAGAUGUGGCAGAGGGACCUGACGCCGCUGCUGGUUACCAGGUACCCAGGGUCUGCAGGCAGCCAGACUGUACAGGAUCAUAUAAAAACUACCCUAGGUUCCCUCGGAGCAGGUUGGGAAGUAACGGAGGACAAAUUUUUGUCUCAAACUCCCUAUGGCCAAUUGCCAUUCACCAACCUAAUUGCCACAUUAAACCCAUCAGCCAACCGUCGGCUGGUCCUUGCCUGUCACUACGACUCCAAGUACUUCCCACCUCAGUGGCAUGGACGGGAGUUCCAAGGUGCCACUGACUCUGCUGUCCCCUGUGCCAUGAUGUUGGAGCUGGCACGAGCUCUGGAUGAAGAACUGAAAGCUCAGAAGAGCUCCAGCCCCAACUUAACCCUGCAGCUGAUCUUCUUUGAUGGAGAAGAGGCACUUUUCCAGUGGACCUCCUCAGACUCCCUAUACGGCUCUCGCCACCUGGCCCAGAAGAUGGAGAGUACCCCCCAUCCUGCAGGAGCCACAGACACCAACCAACUGCAUGGCAUUGAUUUGUUUGUCUUGUUGGACCUGAUCGGGGCCCCUAGCCCCCGCUUUGGAAACCAGUUCCCAAGCACAGCACCCUGGCUGACUCGGCUGCAGGACAUUGAGAAACGAUUACACUCCAUGAACCAGCUUGUGCAGCAUCCUAACAGUGUGCAGUAUUUCUGGCCUGACUAUCCUGUGGGCCGUGUUCUUGAUGAUCAUAUACCCUUCCUAAACAGAGGAGUUAGAAUCCUGCACCUCAUCCCCAACCCCUUCCCGUCCGUGUGGCACUCGUUUGAUGACAAUGAACAGAACCUGGAUCGUCCUACGAUUGAGAACCUCAACAAGAUCCUGCAGGUUUUUGUUUUGGAGUACCUCAACACCAGACCUGUAGUUUCUUCAAACCCACAAAAUGCCCCAUAAACUUUCCCUGAACACUUUUUUUUCUUAUUACAUGUAAUCAAGCUAUUCAGCUGAAAGAAUACACACCAUUAAAAAGAUGAAACUAGGCUCUGACUAGGCUCUGACUAUAAGACCAGUACCCAGUUUAAAGAACGUUCACAGACUAUUUACUUAUAGAUACUUGAUGUCAUCUAUGUGGACAAGUUCAAUAUUUUGUUUUAUUUCAUAUAUAAGUAAUAUGGAACACAUAUUUUUCUCUAAUGGCUUUAUCAGUGAGGGUAAUGCUUCAGAGUUUCUUCUCUUCAAGCUCCCAGCAACAAGAUCGGCACACAGGAGCUUCAGUGUGUCUCAUACAACACUGCUCUCUUUAUAUUAGUCCUCAUUAACACUGUGAGGAGACAUUUAGAGUCAAAAUUAACAACUUUGAUCUGUUCUACUUGACUCAAGAGGAAAAGAAAGAAAUAAUUUUCCUGGUCACAUAAAAUAUAUAAAAAUUGUGCAAGCCCAAACUUGGUGAUAAUUUAAUUGUGAGUUGCUUGAAAAACCUAAACCCGAAAGCACUUCAUGUAACAGUAUCCAGAAUCUCUGAUCUGACUUGUUGUGUAAGAAAUGCCACAGCAGAUGCUACUGAACAUAUUGGAUAGAGUAAAAAGGUGGCAUACAUGAAAUGGUACUACAUUGUGUGUCUAGCUACAGGUUAUAAGAUAUUUCCUCUUCUACUUUUAAUCUGUUCAGUGAGAAAAGCCAUCAGUGGCAGGAAGUGGGGUUAAUUCAAACUGAAACAACAUAUCUAGCUCUUUGCAUCUUUUCAUCUUACACAGAGGAGUAGAAAGCUUCCUGUGCUGAUGGCUCAUGUGACUGAUUUUGUUUAUAUAUUACUAGCCUGAUUCUCAUGUAUCUGCCCAAAUAAUAUACACUGCCAAAAGUGGACUUCCUGUAUGUGAGAAUGAAUAAAUGUUGAUUCAGAAAACAA